AUGGCGCGUCACACGCCAGAUGCGCACAAGCGCAAAUAUGUCCAGCACAAGACCAAGUCUGGCGCCAACAGCGCACCGCUAGGACCUGGCAGAGAUAGCAAGACGGGAGGGCGUGCAGGCGGGUUCAAAGUCGGUCCAGCACACGCUCCAGACGGCAGCUAUCUGGGCAAAGGUGAGCCAGUCCAUUGUAUCCCACUCAGACUUCCCUCUCCUCAUGACAAGUGAGCUUACCACGUGAUGCUCCGCCGCUAUUCGGCCGCUUGUGCAGCCAAGAAACGAAAAGCGCAGCUGAUAGAGAAUGCCAAGGUCAAGGCUGCUUACUAUGCGCGACACGGCGGACGAGACACGACUCGACGCGAGCAAGAGCUCAAGGUGGAUGGCGAGUCACAAUCGUUAGCAGGGCCCUCUGCUGCAAGUCUAGGUCGCUUCGCUCCUGAAGACGAGGACACGAAGCGACUGAUCGAGCAAGCAGAGAAACAGCCGGACAUUCGGUUGAAGCAGGCCAAGCCUCCGCGGGACGCUGUUACACAGGACAACAGUAGCACAUUUCGACGCGCAGAUCUCGAAGGAGGAGACAGUGUCAGCAAGCAGCAAAAAGAGAGAGGCGUAUCAAAGACAUCAGAUGCGAGCUCGGCGAAGAGCAAAAGACUGAGCAGGGAAGAAGCACUGCAGGACAGGAAGAGGAGAUCAAGCUUGGGCGGGAAAGUCAACAGGAAAGGGCAACCAAACCUUGGAGCACGAGUUGGCUUACUCCUGGACAAGCUGCAGCGAUAG